AUGGUGGCGAAAGAGCACCAACACCAACAACUCUUAGCGAACAAAUUGAAACAAAGAUGGUCGGAAACAGGUUCUGGCCCGGACGUGCAAAAGAAACUCGACGCGAUCAAAGAGACUUUGAACGCGCGAGAAAGGUUGAAGCGAUUGGAAAAGAGCAGAGAGAGAGAUGAUGUCUCGAAAUCGCAUUCGGAUCAGACAAACGCGCUUAAAUAUCUCGAGAAGGUGAAGAAGGAUGCGAAACUGGACGAGACGGACUCGUCGUCGCUCGACACGAGGAAAGCGUUGCCGAAAGAAGCGUUAGAGGUGGCGAGAAAAGACGAGGACGAGAUCGUGUCGCGGGAAGAUAUCGAGGCUGAGAAUGCCUCCAAUCAGUUGGUGGAUGUGUUUCAAAAGAGGAAAAGAGUUACGCCGGACGCGCGAUUGAAAGAGUUAAAGUCGGAGCAUCCAGCACACGCGAUGAGAGAAAAAGCGAACGAACUGAUGCGUGCGAACGAUUUGAAGAUGGCGGUGGCGAUGUACGACGAAGCGUUGAGUCAGUGCGAAGCGGAUUUGAGGAGGAAGAGGAGAGAAGAAGAAGAAGAAGAGACGAGCGACGGUAAUCGAAACGACAAAAACAAUGAUGCAGAGUUAUCGGAAGAAGAGUUGAUUGCGGUGGUGACCUUAUGUAAUCGGUCAAAAGCCAAGUUAAGAGACUGGGAAGAUUUACUCGGGGCUUUAGAAGAUGCCAUAAGCGCGACGACGAUUGCGCCGGACUGGUCGAAAGCGCGGUUUCGCUGCGGCGAGGCGUACGCUGCACUCUCCGCGUGGUCUUUAGCUGUCGCGUCGUUAAGAGUGGGCGAAAAGCUCGUCGAAUGCGAAAAAGGGUCUUCCGUGCAACCAUUUAAGGAUUUAUUGGAUGUUAUCGCCAUUCAAGCCGCAAAGUACGGCUCCCCGGCUGGCUUCGACGGUCGCGUCAUUUACGUUCGAUCCGCCGGCGAAGAGGCGUGGUUAGGCAAAGAAGCUCCGACAAACGCCGAAUUCGACGUCACCGACGAACACAAAAAUCCCAUAAACACCGAACGGUACAGUAAAGAAGACGGGCACAUGGCCGAAGCGCGACGAAAAGCUGAAGUGAACAAAAAGACCGCCCUCCACGCGCGCUCGAUUCGCGAGGCCGUCGAAAUGGCUUCUGACGGCGAUAAAAUACUUCUCUUGCGAGGCACACACAACGGGUGUGGCGAAACUGUCUGCGUGACAAAACGCGUGUGGAUCAAAGGCGAAGGUGCGCUCAAAGAAGCCACCAUCGAUAUGCGCGCCAACAGCCCGACAUUCCGCAUCACUCGAUCCUCUGUCGUUUCCAACGUCGAUUUCGAUUUCUCCGGGUUCGCGGAAUCCGUGCGCAUAGCCCAAAUGGAACGCGGAAAUAUCCUCAAUAAGAACCAAUUCGAAACCUUGAUGGAAGGUUGCUCGUUUACUUGUACUGGAUGCGACGGCCUCGUCGUCACCGACAAAGCCAAAGCCACCUUUCGAAACUGCAACAUCACCGGUAAAAACAACUGCGCGCGCCUCUCCCGAGACGCCGACGCCGCCUUCAUCGAUUGCAAACUUCACGGCGCCGAACGCGCUGGCGUCUACGUCACCGACAACGCCACAUGCACUCUUCGUAACUGUGUCGUUGAAAAUACGAAAGAGGAAGCCGUCGUCGUCACCCAAAACGCGGAAUGCUCCAUCCUCUCCAAUACCAUCCUUCGCGAAUGCAAAGGCCCCGGCGUCGACUGCUCCAACAACGCCCGUUGCCUCGUCUCCUCUUCCCAAGUCACCAACAACGUCGGCGGCAUUUGGGCCUGGGACUCCUCCUCCGUCACUUGCGUCAAAUCUGUAAUCGAUGGCGGCCAAUCCCACGCCGUAGUAUUCGACGGUCACAGUUCGCCGACGUUCUCCGAUUCCGUCGUCGUCGGCGUCGCGCACGCCAGCGAAAAGAGUUGGAAAGGCAUUCGCGGUCCUAACGUGACCGUAACGAAAACGGAACGGAUGACUUCCUGGCCGAGCGAAGACGGCGCGUUCAAGUUCAGUCCGAACGCGUUCACCAGGAAACAAUAA